AUGGUGACGUGUCACUGGCGUCGCGGAGUUUCGGUGACUAUCACUGAGUCGUCUGUGAGGCUAGUGACGAUGGUGACAUUGGUGACGCUGGUAUCAUUGGUGACGCUGGUGACAUUGGUGACACUGGUAACAUUGGUUACGCUGGUGACGCUGGUGACAUUUGUGACAAUGAUGACGCGUAAUUGGCGUCGCGGAGUUUCGGUGACUGUCACUGAGUCGUCUGUGACGCUAGUGACGCUGGUGACAUUGGUGACACUGGUGACAUCGCUUACGCUGGUGACGCUGGUGAAAUUGGUGACACUGGUGACAUUGGUGACGCUGGUGACACUGGUGACAUUGGUUACGCUGGUGACGCUAGUGACAUUGGUGACGCGUAACUGGUGUCACCGGGUCUUCUGUGACAUUAGUGACGUUGGUGACAUUGGUGACAUUGGUGGCAUUGGUUACAUUGGUGACAUUAGUGACAUUGGUGACGCGUCACUGGUGUCACAUACAACUACGGUGGCGUGUCAUCGUGCUCAGAGUGCUCCAUCUCCAGCACCAGCUUCGGUGACAACCCUACUUCUUGUCCCUCCCCGAUCAUCCAACAGCACCCCUAUGGAGGAAAACUGCUCGUCAUGUGAAUCACUAAGGAAUGAACUAAAAGAAGCUAUGGAAGAAGUUAACACUCUCCGCGACUCUAACCAAAAACUUACCCACGCCGUAUUCAAUCUCAGCGAAAUCAUGCUUUCCAAUGCAAGACUCGGUGGAUCCUCGAGCUCCAUCAUCAAUAACCUCAGUGGAUAUACUCAGGUUAGAGCUCCUAACUACAACCUGAAUAGCCAGCCCGGCAGGAGCAUCCACGAGGUCCCAACGAGACUGCCAAGCCCAUCCUCAACCCCCAACAAUCAAAUCUCUGAAGAUAACAAUUUUGAUAGCAGCAUCUUCCGGAUUCCUGUAGUCAACUCUGAUCUCGACAUCGCUGGGCACACCGAAGAUAUAAUAACCUGCACCAGCACUACAGCAGCCACUAAUUGUAGCUCACACAGUUCCACCGGCAACACACCUUCCUAUCCCACCAGGGCAAAUGGUGGAUACCAGUGCUUAUUAUGCGGCGUGUUCUACACCAGCCGUAAAAUGCUGAGGCACUUCAGAAAAAAGCACUCGAAUUUUAUGAAUGGUCGAUUUAGCAACCAACCCCUAUACCCUCGGUACUUUUAUUUUAAAACAUCGCACCCACAA